AUGACUGAAGACACUCAAGCCAAGGCGACCGGUCGUGGUAAGUACUUCUACCGCGACCUUGUCACAUUCCAGGUCGAAAGCACGACCUAUCGCCUACCCAGAGAAGGGUUCGAGAGGCAGUCUGAGGUAUUCAAGAGCAUGUUCGAACUUCCUCAGCCAGAGGGCCCGAUUCUUGAAGGAGCGGGCGAAGAUAACCCCAUAAAGCUGGAAGGAGUGUCGACGGUGCAGUUUGAAAGUUUGGUGGAGAUCUUAUACCCAUCACAGGUACCCUACACGCCGUUGAAUAAGGAUCAACUCCUCGCAGCGUUGGGAAUUGCACAACGCUGGGAAAUGAACGAGGUCAUCCAUUACAUCGAAUCCGCCCUUUUGCGACUGAAACUUUCUGAUCUGGAGAAGACAGCCCUAGGGAAGAAACACGGCUUGAACAGGUUACUCGUCGAAGGGUACUUGCCCCUCGUCACAGGAUCUAGGGCGCUAGGUUUAGAGGAUGCAGCAGUGAUUGGCUGGGACUGUGUAGGUCAGCUUCUGUACCUGAGGCGGCUAGUGGACGCCAAGUUCGCGCGAGAAAGGCGAUGCGGAUGGGAAGACCUUGCAUGCAUCAAGUGUGGCGGCUGCCCUCGAGAAAAUCGUGCGUGGGUCUUUUCAGAUUGCAACUGUGCCAAGGAGAACAAGGCGACUCUGGACGUUGUUAGAGUCAAGGUUGUCACCGAGGAGCCAUGGUCGGGACCGACAUUGGAAAAGAUACGAGAGUUUUGCAGAGAGACUAUGGCGAAGGAAUUGGGGAUAGAGUCGGGUGCCUAG